CCCACGUUUCCCACUCUCUAUCUCUCUGUCUGAACAACUUCAUUGCCUUAUCUUCUCUUCGUUUGAUUUCCUGGAAGAAAGGGUUUCAUGCUUUCGAUUUCGAGCGAGAAGAUGACACAAGAAGUUGUGUUGGUGUGGCGAAAGAUUCCUGGCAUUGAGAGGUCUCAGAGCUCUUUCAACGGAGCAACAGAGAAACACCAACCAUGGAGGGAGAGGUGGGACGGUGGUAGUGGUGGUGGUGGUGGUGGUGCUUUUGCUUGUGUUUCGAUGGCGGAGAAGGGAGAGAACAAUGAAUUUAUGCCCACACGGGAGCAGUUCUUGAAGCAUCCUUUGGCCGUGCUUGCUUUAGUACCCAGAGACGCAGCUCUCUUUGCGGCGGGGGCGGUUGCUGGCGCUGCUGCCAAGACUGUCACGGCUCCUCUUGACCGAGUCAAGCUGCUAAUGCAGACUCAUGGGUUGCGGGCUGGGCAAGAAAUGACAAAGAAAGGUAUUGGUUUCAUUGAGGCCAUGAUGUUGAUCGGAAAGGAGGAGGGAAUCAAAGGGUACUGGAAAGGCAACCUUCCUCAGGUGAUACGCAUCAUACCUUACAGUGCAGUGCAGCUCUUUUCUUAUGAAUUUUACAAGAAACUUUUUAGAGGAGAAAAUGAGGAGCUCUCUGUUAUUGGAAGACUUGCAGCAGGUGCUUGUGCUGGGAUGACUUCCACUUUUAUGACAUAUCCUUUGGAUGUCCUGAGGUUAAGGUUGGCAGUUGAACCUGGGUCCAGGACAAUGUCCGAGGUCGCCUUAAACAUGCUAAGAGAUGAAGGAAUCGCCUCCUUUUAUAAUGGUCUUGGACCUUCUCUUCUUGGAAUAGCUCCUUAUAUUGCUGUGAACUUUUGCAUUUUCGACUUGGUGAAAAAGUCAUUGCCAGAGAAGUUUCAAAAGAGGACAGAAUCGUCUCUUGCAACAGCUUUGGUGUCGGCAACUCUUGCAACACUUAUGUGUUACCCUCUGGACACGGUAAGAAGACAAAUGCAAAUGAAGGGGACACCAUACAACACUGUCUUGGAUGCCUUUCCAGGAAUUGUAGCCCGUGAUGGUUUGAUUGGAUUAUACAGGGGUUUUGUGCCAAAUGCACUGAAAAACCUACCCAACAGCAGUAUAAGGCUGACCACCUUUGACACUGUUAAAGGUCUGAUUGCAGCCAGUGAAAAAGAGUUUCAGAGAAUCAUGGAGGAAAACCGCCAGAAACAAAACUAGAGCACUGUACAUAAAAUUAUCUCCAUGAUUCAUGUUCUUGCCUAUAUCAGUUUCUUGGAAACAUGGAAAUCAAGUUUUGGGUGAUUGAAUUUCCCAAUUUGCUGUAACUCUUGUGGAGCCAAUGAUGCUUAGAUCCUGAAUGAAGUUUCCGUGAGAGUUAUUCAUGAAUUCAAUUUCGCAGAACUCUGGAAUUUCCAGGUUUAGCUUCAGAUUUUUGUGAUGCAAAGAUAGUUUUGUCUAUUUGUUAAUUUAGUUCAUAAACUAAUGCUUAACAUUGAUAGCAGUGAUAACUCAAUGGCAAUUGAAUAUAGGCAUUUUUUUUUCUUGAUUAUGCUUGAUAGGGAUGUCUUGUACUCUCCUCAAUAUUCCUUCAGUCAAUAAAUAGCUGAACACCAUAUAGUUACUUA